AUGACCGAAGAGCCCAGGCGGAAGGACAGCGAGACCGGGCACCCCAACUCCAGCAUGGGCUGCGGACACAAGGACGACAAAGCCAGCCUGGCUUUGAGCCAGAUAGCAUCUUUCAGCCACCAGGCCCCCUCCACUCCUGCCUCCAAGGAAGUGUGGAAAAAAGGCGGCCGCAUGUUCUCCAUCCUGCUGGCCGUGCACUUGGCCCUGCUGGCCUGCACGCUGGUGAGCAGCGGGGCCUUUGAGAAGAUCGCCGUGCACGACUACGAUGUGUUCUUCCUGCUGACUGUCAUGAUGCUCAUAGUCAUCAUAUGGAUCAUCUUCUACCUCGCUGGCACCUCCCGGUGCCCAGGUGCCAUCCUGUGCAAGGACUCCCACGCUGGGCCCAUCUGGCUGAGAGGAGGCCUGAUUCUAUUUGCCAUUUUCAGCCUUGUCAUGGACGUGUUCAAAAUAGGAUAUUACUCGAGCUUCUACAGCUGCCUGUCUGCAAUCAAAAUCAUCUACCCCAUCGUGCAGGCAAUAUUCGUGGUCGUCCAGACGUACUUCCUGUGGGUCUCUGCCAAAGACUGCAUCCACGUGCACCUGAAUGUUACCAGGUGUGGCUUGAUGCUGACACUGACUACAAACCUGGCGGUGUGGAUGUCAGCAGUGACAGAUGAGUCUGUUCACAAAGCACAUUCAAAGCUGAAGAAGAACAUGACAGAGGAACUCUUCAGGUGGUUCCUGAGAGUGGGAAUGAGAAGUAGCUCAGUUGACCAAUGCAAUUGCAACAGCCAAAUCUGCCAGAUCUUCAAGAAUGGCUACUUUUGGCUGUACCCCUUUAACAUUGAGUACAGUCUCUUUGCCUCUGCCAUGGUCUAUGUCAUGUGGAAGAACGUUGGACGCUUCAUAGACCACCACUCCCACCACAUUCAACGCCUGAAGUUCAGGCUCUUCCGAAGGACCUUCUUUGUAGGCAUCAUGUUGGGCCUCGUCACUCUGGUGAGUGGUCUGGGAGUUCUCAUUCUUUAUGAGGUGCAGGUAAACUCCAACACCGAGUCCAGCAAGAAGAGCCAAGCACUCACCAUGUACUACAUCUUCAACAUCGUUUGUCUGAGCCUGAUGUCUCUUGUCUGCAUCGGUGGCUCUGUCAUCUACCGCUUUGACAAGAGGGACAUGGACCGGCACAAGAACCCCACCAGGACCCUGGACGUGGCCCUGCUGAUGGGGGCAGCCCUGGGACAAUACGCCAUUUCCUACUACUCCAUUGUGGCCAUCGUGGCCAGCACACCAAGGGACGCUAUCAGCGCGCUCAACCUCACCUACGCCCUCCUGAUGAUCGCCCAGCACACCUUCCAGAACAUCUUCAUCAUCGAAGGCCUCCACCGGCAGCCCCCCAAGGAAGACUACAAGCAUGACUCCCACCAGAAGGAUCUCUACGGGCUCACCUUUGUCAACAUCAACGCGGUGUCCCUCCGAGUGCCCGACACUGGCAGCACCUUGGCCCCUGGCGCUGCCUCUGGCACUGAAGCCGUGUGUCCUUCUGACCUCGUGCGGUCCCUCACCGCCCCCAGGGAGAUGAACUGGAGGAGGAAGUUCUUGAGGGAGAUCUCCAUGUUCCUCCUACUGAGCAAUGUCAUACUCUGGAUCAUGCCAGCGUUUGGUGCCCGGCCACAGUUUGACAACGACACAGAACUGAACUUCUAUGGCGAUUCCAUGUGGCCGGCCAUCGUGGACAUUUGCCUGCCCUUUGGAAUCUUCUACCGAAUGCACGCAGUGGCCAGUUUGCUGGAGGUCUACAUCGUGUCCUAA